UGCACGGUCAUACUGAAAUAAUGAAAAAUGGAAGAGGAUGAAGUAUGCCGAGUUUGCCUGCAACAGGGCGGAGAUAUGAUCAAUAUAUUCGAUAGUGAACCAGAACAGGAAAUAUGCAUUUCGGAAUUGAUUGCCCAGUGGUCCGGCUAUCAAGUUAAAAGAGGAGACCUACUUCCGGAAACCAUCUGCCCAACAUGCUUAAAGGAUGCUCGAGCCACAUUUGAGUUUACCAGAAAGUUCGAAAAGGAGGAUUUAUGCAGUUUUUCGGAUGGCGAUGACUCGAUUAACGACGUGGGAAGGGGGAUCCAUGUUCCAGAUAAUAAUGCCCUGGAGUACCGGGUGAAAAACGAGCCUGUUGAUGAUGAUAUAUACAUGGAGUCAGUUUGUGAAGUAUCACGCAACAAGAUUGAUCAAUCAAAUAACGAUCUGUUCGAGGAAGACGUGUGCAAGAUAGAAGUCAGUGAAAAUGACAAUUCUCUUAAGGCUGCAUCAGAUCAUAAUACCAUUCCAAAGCUUACGGACAUAUCUUCUCGCGGAAAACGGCGCUACAAGUGUUCCCUGUGCCCAAAGUCUUUUGUGGUGGCUUCUCAGUUUAGUCAACAUAUACUGACCCAUUCGGGAGAUGAUGCCGAUGAAUGUCCAACGUGGGGUUUGUCUGAACCAGAUCCUAAAACCAUCGCUUACGAAGAGGACGAUUAUAUUCCGCCGCCUGUAACAGAUUCACCUCCUAAAAAAAAGCAAAGUAAACGGCACGUGAAAUCUUUUACACACGCAACCAAUUCAAAGCAACACAUUCCUAACCAUUCGGGAGAUAAAACCGAUAAAAAAGAUAGAUCGAAAUCUGAUUUGCCUGCAUCAGAACUUAAACACACUGCUUAUAUGCCUUACAAAUGUAAUUAUUGUCCAAAGUAUUUCAAGAAUUCAAAAUCCCUUAAGUUGCAUGCCCGUACACAUAGUAAGCGGUUAAGGUGCUCCUAUUGCCCAAAGACUUUUGCGGAGGCACAACACUUAAAGAAACACAUUGAGGAUCACUCCGAUAGUCCAAAGACUCUAACUACAUCGGAAACUAAGAAACGGAAGUUUAAAUGUCCCCAGUGUCCCAAGUCUUUUCCGUAUUCCUCGAGCUGUAGUCGACACCUUUUGAGCCACUCGGAGAUACGACCGUACAAGUGCCCCCACUGUCCAAAUUCCUACGCACGUCCCUAUGCUCUCAGAGCCCACGUUUUUUCCCACUCCGGAGAAAGACCGCAUAAGUGCAAUCAAUGUUCCAAGACUUAUUUACGGAUUUAUCAUCUCAAGGCCCACUUGUUGACUCACAAGAUAAAGCGGGGCAAGGACAACCCGUACUGGUGUUCCCAAUGCAAGAAGUCCUUCCUGUCCACAUCGAAUCUGAAUCGACACACCCGGCUGCACUCUGGGGACAAACCUCACAAGUGUGACGACUGCGAAAAGAGUUUUUCCCGUGCCAGCGAUCUUAGAAAUCACAACCGUUCUCAUACGGGUGAAAAACCCUAUAAGUGCGCUUUUUGCCCAAAGUCUUUUUCGGUUAGUACAAAUAUGCACAAACACCAAAGGAUGUGCAAGCUUGAAACUUCAAAUUGACGAUUAUAUCAUAGCUUCCAAAUAUAUUUUUAAAUAAUACAUUGUCAAAACUUAAA